GGAGACAUGCAUUCUACUGCUAUUAGCAUACAACAUUCUCCAUUCUGUGCGUCGCCAAGGCGGCAAUGGCGCAUACCAUGCAUCCCCUUUCCACAACACAAAACAAAAACAUCAUUCUGAAUAUCCCUCAAAAAUCUCCCGCUCUGAAGAAUAGCAGCAAUUUUUCUCUGGGAGCCAAAUGCGAGGCCAGGAGGGCAUUUCUGUGUGGCUUGAUUGCUGCUGGUGCUGGUGCAAUGCUGGGCCCUGACAUUGCUUCUGCUGCUUCUAAGAGGCGGUCGCCACCACCGGCGCCGACGGAGGAGAAGAAAGACCCCAACGUUAGCGGGGUGCAGGCUAAAGUGCUUGCUAGCAGGAAGAGGAAGGAAGCCAUGAAGGAAGCUGUGGCCAAGAUGAGGGAGAAAGGGAAGCCCGUCGAUAAGUGAAAGACUAGAUAAGAUAGCCUCAUUUUGGCUGGAGAACUAUAAUUUACGAAGUGAUAGAAUUAUUCACUUUCUGCGUACAGUUGACAAUAAAAAAAUGCUGAUGCAAUGUAACUAUGUGUAUCAGCUUCAUUGCUGUUGCGGUGCAUUUGUUUCAUGCGAGCUCAGACUGUAUGAAUCCAGUUUAAUAUUUAUAGUU